AUGUUGAUGUAUAUCAGAAACACGCACGUGGCCGCUCUGGCACUUGUUGCUCUUGCAUCGCAAGCAAGGGCCGACUGCACCCCUCAGCUGCCUACCGUUGACCUUGGAUACGCCGUACACCAGGCCACUUACAAUGAGUCGGGAGGGUUGUUCACCUUUUCCAACAUCCGCUACGCGACGGCGCCCCGGUUCGGAGCUCCCACCCCGGUCACCGUCGUGAAUCGCACAGUCAACGACGGUCAGACGCCGGGAAACUGCCCAAUGGGGAGCCCCCCAUGGCUCAGUCUUUCUCCCCAAUACCAGGCGGGACAGCUGUCUCUGGACGAAGUCAACGCGACUUUUGCCGGGAUCCGAGGCCUGAGCCCGUCUUCGGACCCGUCCUUGAUCAAGCAGUACCUCAACACCCCCAUCACGGUGCCCGCUUCCACCAUCACGGAAGACUGUUUAAACUUGGAUGUCGUGGUUCCGGAGAAGAUAUUUAAAAGCACGAACAAUUCUUCGGCUGGUGGCGAGAGACCGUAUGAGCCCACAGCUCUGACUGACUGCGACGCAGCCCCCGUCCUUGUGUGGAUUUACGGAGGCGGAUACACCGUCGGCGACAAGAACUAUUGCGGCAACCCGGCAACGCUCAUUGCAAAGUCCCAAGAAGACGGCUCGGACGGCAUUGUCUACGUCGCCUUGAACUACCGACUCGGCCUCUUCGGCUUCAUCUCCGGCACCGAGUACGAGGAGCAGGGCGGCGUCUCCAACAUUGGCCUCCGCGACCAGCGGUUCGCGCUGCAGUGGGUCCAGGAGAACAUCCAUCUCUUCGGGGGAGACCCGGACAACGUCACGGUCCUGGGAGAGUCCGCCGGCGCCGGUUCCAUCCUGCACCAGCUCACGGCCUACGGCUCGACCAGCGGCGCCCCCUUCCGGCGCGCCAUCCUCCAGUCUCCUGGCUUCGAGUUCAUCACCGGGAACGGCAGCAAGGCGGCGGGGAAGUAUGCCAGAGCGCUCGAGUGGGCGUCCUACUUCAGCAACUCGAGCGUCGGCACCCUCGACGACCUCAGGAAGCUGCCAUACGACGUGCUCGAUAAGGUCAACCAGGUCACCAUUUCGACCGCGUACUGGGGCGGGUUCGGCUGGGGCCCCACGGUCGACGGGGACUUCGUGCCGGACCUCCCCGGCCUUCUCCUAUCCCAGGGCAGAUUCGACUCGUCUGUGGCCGUGUUGGGCGCCCGGAACAGCGACGAGGGCUUCAUCUUCGCCUCGCCGCUCAUCGAGGACGAGGAGGACUACCUCUCGCUGCUUCUGACGCCUCUCCUCCCGGACGCGUCCGACGAGGUUGUCGACUACAUCACCACGCAGCUCUACCCGGCCGUGUACGACGGCACGCACCCCUGGACGACGCCCCUCGCGCGCGCGUCCGCGACCGUCGCGGACACGUGGUUCAUCUGCAACAACUACUUCCUCAACAAGGCGCUGGGCGGCGUCGCGUACAACUACCUCUUUGACGUGCCCCCCGGCCACCACGGCAACGACAUUGGCUACACGUUCUUCAACGGCGAGACGACCUACAACGGGCUGCCGGUGAACGCUUCCGUCGCGGACACGCUGCAGGCGUACCUGACGGCGUUCGCCAAGACGGGGAGCCCGAACCAGGAUGGUCUGCCGGAGGUGCCCCUCUAUGGGGAUGACGCGGCCGUCGUGUCUCUGUACAACAGGACGACUGUCGUUGACACCGCUGUAGCGGAGAGAUGUGACUGGUGGCAGAAGGCGUUUUUCAUAUAG